AGAAGAAGUGGCAUUGAGCGCUGUGAGCAUAACGGGCUGACUUGACGCAGUUAGAGGCGGCCUUCAUAAACCCGGUGAUACUCCGUGAUGUAAUACGGCACUAUAACGGACUUUGGAUGCUGCUCUUCCAAAUCUUCCACUCUACACGGUCGCUAUUUGUGAGUUCGGGGAGGCAGCCUGGAAGACGCCACGUAAUUAUUUGUUAGACUGACCGGAAGACCAUGAGCCCAGCGGAAUAACGCCACAUAAAAUAACCUGUAUUUGGCAUUAUGGUGAUGGACGCCAUCAAGACAUUUGUGGAGACGUGUCAUUAUCUUCAGGACCCCCGUCUGGUGGCCAAGUUCCAGCACUUGUGUGGCGUCCGCGGGACAUUUCCGGAAAAACCGAGCGACGAGCAAGGAAGCUCCGCGUCUGAGCCGGGCUGCCCCGGGCUGAGGCAGAGGAUCCCCGGUGAAGACGUCAGCAACGGCGCGGCAGUGCAUGUCAAUGGGGUGAAAGGUGACCCUAAGCCCGAUGAGACCACCCGAGCCAAGCCCCUCCGCAGGAACUCCCUCACCGGGGACGUGGGUCAGGAGUUCCUAAUCCACAACAAGCUCCUCUUCUAUCUCUUCACAUUCGGCACCGAGCUGGGCAACGAGAUGUUCUUCAUCAUCUUCUUCCCCUUCCUCUUCUGGAACAUUGACGCCCUCGUCAGCCGUAGGCUCAUCGUGGUGUGGGCAUGGAAUCUGUUCGUGGGACAGUCCACCAAAGACAUGGUGCGUUGGUCCCGACCGGCCUCCCCUCCUGUGGUGAAGGUGGAGGUCUUCUACAACUCUGAGUACAGCAUGCCGUCCACACACGCCAUGACUGGGACUGCCAUACCCUUCUGUCUCUUCAUGCUUACAUAUGGACGCUGGCAGUACCCGUUCCUCUUUGGUUUGUGUGUGGCCCUCUGCUGGAGCAUCCUGGUGUGUGUUAGCAGAGUCUACAUGGGGAUGCAUUCCGUUCUGGAGGUGAUCACUGGCUUCCUGUACAGCCUCCUCAUUCUGGCCUUCUUCCACCAAGUGUUGGACAAGAUCGACACUUUUUACAUGACCGACCCGUACGCUCCAUUGGUUAUCUUGGUGUCCCAUGUGAGCCUCGGACUCGUGGCCUUCUCCCUGGACUCCUGGAGCACCUCCCGUGGGGACACGGCCCAAGCGCUGGGCACCGGGGCGGGCGCAGCUCUGGCAACCCACGCCAAUUAUCAGCUGGGGCUGCUGGCCGACCAUCCGCUGUCAUCUUUGCCUCUCGCCUUGCCUUCGCUCGGCGUGGGGUUGGUUGUUAGCUCCCUGCUACGCUUCGCCAUCGGGGUGGCAGUUAUCCUGGUCACCAGGAUGGUUAUGAAAGCAGUGACCAUCCCCUUCCUGUGUCGACUCUUCAGGCUGCCCGCUGAGGAUGUGAGACAGGCAAGGCAACACAUGGAAGUGGAGCUGCCGUACCGUUACAUCGUCUACAGCGUUGUCGGGUUUACCUGCGUGUGUGUGGUGCCUCUCCUCUUCAGGGUCGCAAACCUGGCGUGAGUGUGGCAUGCAAACAGUCAUGCACUGCUGAAAUACAGGGUGUUGUUUCUGCACCACACAAACAUAUUUUAAGGCUAACUGUGUCGGUAUGGUAUGUUUUUCCCCCAUGAAAAGACCAAAAUUACGUGAUCCAAAUGCAACAGUUUGCAUGAAUCGCUUUGGCUAGACAGUCUUUCCCUCUGUGAAUGGAUCAUCGUGUUUCUCUUGUUGCUCAAAUCUCCUCGUAACAAUGCUGCUGUAAAGACGACAGUCAGACGACACCUAACCAACUUUUUGAAAGGCACAAGCACAUGAGAACACACUGGAGAAGGAAGGAAUCCAGAAACGUGACUGGUUCCCAUCCUUCAUGGAGUAUGAAGAAAUAGUGUCCAUCGCCAGGAAACAAUCAAAUGUUUGGUUUAUUUACAUUUUUAUAUUAAUUUGUAAUGGAUCUUUUGUAUUUUUAACAUCAUCAUUAUGCUCUGGAUAAGCCAAACAAUGAAUCAUGUCAGUGUUAUAUUAACUCUUGUUUGAUGCUAAUAUUAAUCUGUGUGCAAAAGUAUAUUUGAAGUAUUGUGGAGUUUCCCUGUUAAAAUCUUUAUACCUUGAGGCAUUACCACUGUUUGUCUACAUUACAUACUGUCUCUGCUUCUUUUUUUGUAUUGCUUUCUGUGAAUUUCCUUGGUUUGUUUGUAAAGUUAAAUGCUUUCUGGGGCUGGCGUCUGACAUGAUGAAAUAUACAGUAUUUUUGAUGGGCUAUGCCAUCUUGAUUAAAUGUGUAAAAAGGUUUCGAACAGGAUAUUUUGGCGUUCUUGCACUCAAGUGUAUUAAAAAAAUAUACCCUCCCUAA